AAUCCCAAAAAUAUCGACCGUCCAUCAGUGACCCAACCAUUAAGUCCGGCCUCGCUUUAGGAACCUUUCCAUGGGGAAAGAAGAGGUGCAAUGAUUUCCAUGCACAGAGUCCUAUAAUUAAGACACUACGCAGUUGCGGUUCAGAAUACAGCAGCUCAUCUUCGUUGGGCAGUCACCGCAGCAGCAGAGCCUCUGGCCACACUCGCCUCUCCAACAAGAGAAGAAUGCAGCGCCAAUCCCUGGGAUCGCCUGGCGCUUCCGGAGGAGAUGGGAAGGAGGAGAAACGGAGGAGCAUUAUCGGCGCCGCUGGAUCUGCGGUUACGGCGCCGCCCGAGAAGCCGGAGGCGGCUUUCGAUGCGGACAAGCUGAUCCGGACGAGCACCAGGGCGGACAGGUCCAUCCAUCUCAUCCCCGUCUUCACCAUCGUCUGCCUCGUCGUCCUCUACUUCUUCUCCCACGAACCCACCCACGCAGAUCUUCAAACCUUCAGCGGCCCCGCCCUCCGCUUCGACACCAGAGAUGCGGUUUCGGGGACGGAGACGGGAGGCGUAACGUCAGCAGCGAUUCACGAGAGCCACCGGGGAAUGAAGGCAUCGGCGGCAGCGAGGCGGCUGCGCCACCGAAAGCUCAAGAGCACCUAGCUCUCCCCCGCACCGAACCAGCGAGGCGGCUGGUUCCUUUGGGGAUUAGCUGAAGCUUUAUCUUAAUUGAUUCGCUGGUUAAGAGCGGAUUUUCCCACAAAUGUCCGAUAAGGAAGCACUAAUCGUAAUUAGUGCUUUCUAUCUCUUCUUUUCCCUUUCUUUUUCUGGUUUAAUUUCCCCAAGCUUGGAGCAGAGGAUUUCGUCUUAUCCAGCCAGCUAAAAAGAUAGCGCAUAUCUCGAGGAAUCCGCAAAAGAAAUAAAAUGGGCGGUCGCUAUUAAUCCUCUGUUCAUCUGCACGACCAUUAAAGCAUGCUUAUCUUAUGGUUGUCCAUAUGCCUUAACGUGAUCGAGUAAUUAGAUUCAAUCGGGCCUUCUUUCCCAGAAGCCCAGAGAAGCGACGCCUAAUAUUUCACUUCAGCUGAAACAUUUGACCGUGUAAUAUCCAACACAAAUCAAACUAUU